UAUCUGGCUGCUUUGAAGAAAGAAAAGUAUACGAAAAAGUAGAAUACAUCAUGUCAGAGAUACUUGACCUCUCUUUUCUAUCUGAUGUGGAAAGAGAUUUGAUUCUCAAUGUUCUACAACGAGAUGAGGAGCUUCGGAAAGCAGAUGAGAAAAGGAUUAGGAGACUGAAGAAUGAGUUGCUAGAGAUUAAAAGGAAAGGGGCAAAGAGGGGCAGCCAACACUACAGUGAUCGAACCUGUGCCCGAUGCCAGGAGAGCCUGGGCCGUUUGACUCCCAAGACCAACACUUGUCGGGGGUGUAAUCACCUAGUGUGUCGAGACUGCUGUGUCCAGGAAAGCAAUGGUACCUGGAGGUGCAAAGUCUGUGCCAAGGAAAUAGAGCUGAAGAAAGCAACUGGAGACUGGUUUUAUGACCAGAAAGUGAAUCGCUUUGAUUACCGCACUGGCAGUGAAAUAAUCAGGAUGUCCUUGCGUCGCAAACCUGCAGUGAAUACCAGAGAGACAGUAGGACAGUCCCUACUUCAUCAGUCACAGAUUGGCGAUGUCUGGCCAGGAAGAAAGAGCGUUCAGGAACAACAGAAGGAGUACAGUGUGCCAUUUGAAGUACCAAAGCUAAAAAGUGGAAAGAGCAUGCGUGAGGCUGAGAGUGAGAGCUUGGAUAGCUAUACAGCUGACUCUGAUAGCACCUCCAGGAGAGACUCUCUGGAUAAAUCUGGCCUCUUUCCAGAAUGGAAGAAAAUGUCUGCCCCCAAAUCUCAAGUAGACAUGGAAACUCAGCCUGGUGGUCAAAAUGUGGUAUCUGUGGACGAGGGUGAAAUGAUAUUCAAGAAGAACACCAGAAAAAUCCUGAGGCCUUCAGAGUACACUAAAUCUGUGAUAGAUCUUCGUCCAGAAGAUGUGGGGCACACAAGUGGCUCCUUGGGAGACAGAAGUAAAUCUGUCCCAGGCCUCAGUGUAGAUAUGGAAGAGGAAGAAGAAGAGGAAGAAGACAUUGACCACCUGGUGAAGCUACAUCGUCAGAAGCUAGCCAGAAGCAGCAUGCAAAGUGGCUCUUCCAUGAGUACCAUCGGCAGCAUGAUGAGCAUCUAUAGUGAAGCUGGUGAUUUCGGAAACAUCUUUGUGACGGGCAAGAUUGCUUUUUCCUUGAAGUAUGAACAGCAAACACAGACUCUGGUCAUCCAUGUGAAAGAGUGUUACCAGCUGGCCUAUGCUGAUGAAGCCAAGAAGCGCUCUAACCCAUAUGUGAAGACUUAUCUUCUGCCUGACAAGUCCCGUCAAGGAAAAAGAAAAACCAGCAUCAAGCGGGACACCAUCAGUCCCUUGUAUGAUGAAAUCCUCAGGUAUGAGAUCCCAGAAUCUCUCCUGGCCCAGAGGACCUUGCAAUUCUCAGUUUGGCAUCAUGGUCGUUUUGGCAGAAACACAUUCCUUGGAGAGGCAGAGAUCCAAAUGGAUUCCUGGAAGCUUGAUAAGAAACUGGAUCAUUGCCUCCCUUUACAUGGAAAGAUCAGUGCCGAGUCCCUGACUGGCUUGCCAUCACACAAAGGGGAGUUGGUGGUUUCAUUGAAAUACAUCCCAGCCUCUAAACUCCCCAUUGGAGGUGACCGGAAAAAGAGUAAAGGUGGGGAAGGGGGAGAGCUCCAAGUGUGGAUCAAAGAAGCCAAGAACCUCACAGCUGCCAAAUCAGGAGGGACUUCAGACAGCUUUGUCAAAGGAUACCUACUUCCCAUGAGGAACAAGGCCAGUAAGCGUAAAACUCCUGUGAUGAAGAAGACUCUGAAUCCCCACUACAACCAUACAUUUGUCUACAAUGGUGUACGGCUAGAAGAUCUACAACACUUGUGCCUGGAACUGACUGUGUGGGACCGGGAGCCCCUGUCCAGCAAUGACUUCCUGGGAGGGGUCAGGCUGGGUGUUGGCACUGGGAUCAGUAAUGGGGAAAUGGUGGACUGGAUGGACUCGGCUGGGGAAGAAGUGAGCCUGUGGCAGAAGAUGCGACAAUACCCAGGGUCUUGGGCAGAAGGGACUCUACAGCUCCGUUCCUCGAUGGCCAAGCAAAAGCUGAUUUUAUGAAUUCCUGACCUUCUCUGCAGGUCCAGCCCUGGCCAGGGAAAGUCAGAGGAGGUGAAGAAACUAAGAGCAAAGAUUUCUAAUUUAAUGUGUGUAUGUUAAGUAUGUAUGUGU